AAACGGGCAAUGACACAUUCGGUGACCUUCAAUUCGGCGUGCAUAUCUGGAGGCAAACCGAGUCUGGAAUGCUGACUGGAUUUGAGAGGCAAUGACCGUUGUGCUUUUAUAGAUCAUGAUUUCCUGAAACACCGAAUUCUUGGUUUGUCUUGUUCAUGUCCUCUGACUAGAGGCCCUUUCGUUUUUCCUCAUCAAGCCAGCAUUCAAGGCGUGCAGCUCACUUUGUCCCUGGUGUUUUAUCAGCCACUCUUGUUUGUCCUUGCAGCAAACUACCCCUGCCCCUGACCUCAACAUCAUGGCUUCGUCAACUCUGCCCGCCUUCGCACUCUUCCCUAUUGCGGCCUGGAGGGAUCAGCUUCUCUCCGAUGAAUGGGUCGCUUGCCUGAAUGCUUGGCUCGCUCUUAUCAACAGCCAUUUAUCGCUAUCUGAUCCGGAAUUCUUGAGCAUAUCGGCCAAGGACAGCUCUCUUCAAGCUUUUCUCGUCUCUCUUCUUCGGGAGACUGCUCUAGGCGGCGUUGAUAUCCUGUGGUCAUCUUCUUCGGCGAAGAGGCUGCUCAAAGACUGUCUAGCUCUGAUUACAAAAUUGCUUCAGUCUUCCUCGCCACCUCUUGAGCUUGCUCAGUGGGACUUUCUCGCUGACCUAAGUCGAGUAUACGGGAAAAGGAAGGCCGAGGCGCUUUUGGACAGUCUUUCUGCAACCUCAAAAGGGUAUCUAGACUCAUCUCUGGCUGUGCUCAAAAGGUUCUUGAUCAGAAACCUCGAUGCCGGACUUAAUGGAGGCGAUCUUAAAGGCAUCGAGGAGCGGUUGGAGAGGGUGAACGACCUGAUCCGUGCCUCCCCGGCGGUUGCCGAAUUCUUCCUUGCUGGAAGCGACUUCGUCGAUGGCCUCAUCAGCUGCUACAAGAUCACCAACCCUCCGCUGAGGAAGGCCUUAGUUGCGACAACCUACCUCAGCUUAGUCGGCCUGGCGGAGGGACAGAAGCUCUCGGCUCUGACAGACCAGCUCUAUUCCCUUAAGGCUGCUGCCGACGCGCACAAAGCAGGGCCUCUCAAUGUCAACGAUUCUCUUGUCGCCGAGCUUGUGACCUCCACACCCUUGAUUCAGCGGCUUGAACGCAAGAUCGAGGAAGCCGGCAGCGCUUCGAGUCGGACCAAGUCCGUCCUAGCUGAGCUUGGCGCAUUCAAGAAGCCCGGAGGUGGUGUGUCCAAGCCCAAGCGGCUGAUCAAGCGCAAGGUCGACAAAGGCAAGGGCCUCGCGGAGUUUGACGAAGCCCAAGCCCAGCAAGAAAUCCACGUUCACCAUAUGAGUCAGAUCUCUCAAGUUCAAGAUCUGUUCCCAGAGCUCGGCUCGGGCUUUAUCUCCAAGCUCCUGGACGAAUAUGAGGAUAACGCCGAGGAAGUCAUCGCCCACCUCCUGGACGGUUUCCUCCCUCCUCACCUACAGUCGGCCAACCGCAGCGAAGACCUCUCCCACCACGGCACCCCAACCACCGACGCGAAACCUACCAAAGCCACCCUCCCUCGGCGCAGCUCUCUCAACCCACGUCCCACACCUCCGCAACUAGCCUCAGACACCGAAGACUUCGACCUGCUCACAGCCGACGCCUCGCGCCUGCACAUCGGCAAGCGGCCCGGCGACGCGGACACCCUGCUGGCAGACCGCAGCAAAGCCCCCCAAAAAGCGGCAAUCCUCUCCGCGCUCGCCGCCUUCGACUCGGACGAUGACGAGCGCGACGACACCUACGACGCCGACGACGUCGGCGGGACGGUCGACACCCCGACGGCCGAGGAGGUGCUGCCAGAGGGGACGGAGGCCGCGCUCUUCCGCGCGUGGAAGGCCAGUCCGGGGUUGUUUGCGCGUGACAACGAGACGCGGCGCGGGAAGGAGAGGGCGAGGCUGCGAGACGAGACCGGCAUGACGGACGAGGCGGUGGAAGGGUGGGCUGUGAUGCUGGGCCGGAAUCCCGGGCUGAAGAGGAGGUUGCACGCCAGGUACGGCGAGUUUAGUGGCGAGCAGGUUGAACUGGGGAGGACGUCGUGGCGUGCGGGUGCUGAUGAAGGGGGAGACGGGGUUGAGGAGGACGGGAUAGAUGGUGCGAGCGGUGCGGGUCCUGGGCAGCCAGGCUGGGGUGGUAGGCCGGGCAGGGGGCGGGGUGGUGGAGGAAGAGGAGGGAGAGGCAGAGGCAGAGGUGGUGCCGCAACUGGCCCGCCUGCGGACUCGGAGAUUGCGCGGCGGAGGAAAGAGGCAAAUAAGGGGAGCCGGGCAAAUCAUAACCGGCGGGACCAGCGGGCGAGGAAGAUGGCCCGUGGUGGAUUUGCCGGUUGAGAUGGACAUCACGGAUUAUCAAACCACGGUUAGUUUCCGACACAUGGUUAUUCCCAGAUGCUAUCAGCCAUAAACGCCAUCU